UGCGUUGUUGGGGCGUAAAGAGCCGUUUACCCAGAGGAGACCGGGGGGAUUUUACAGGGCGGAUUGUUGCAAAGUAACCCCACCAUGAGGCGACAGAUCUCGCAAGUCGGUAGCCUUAAUGAUCUGUUCUUCAGGCAUCAGCACAGUGCUGGUUAAAGUGUCCAAAUCCGCUAGCGCGUAAAGUCCGGCAUGUCCGAGAGGAAGAGCGCUGAACACCGCAGCUCCGAGGCUUCUUCACUGGCAACUCGCGGAUCAGAUGGUGCCGAAAAAAUGACUCGGGCUCUCCGCAUCCUCGCUUACUUUCUCUCUCUGGUCCACUGUGGCAGCUGUGCUGACUCAGAGGAGCGUCUCAUGAACUAUCUGCUGGGAACGCAUCGCUACAACCCGCUCAUCCGCCCGGCGGUCAACAGGACCGAGAGGGUCACGGUGAAGCUGCAGGUGUCUCUGGCUCAGCUCAUCAGCGUGAAUGAAAGAGAGCAGAUCAUGACUACAAACGUCUGGCUCACUCAGCACUGGGUGGAUUACAGGUUAUCGUGGAACCCUGCAGAGUACGAAGGUAUCGACAAAUUGCGCAUUCCCUCCAGACACAUCUGGCUCCCAGAUAUUGUCCUGUACAACAAUGCCGAUGGUACCUACGAGGUCACAGUCUUCACCAACGCCAUUGUCCUUUUCAAUGGCAGCAUCAACUGGCUUCCUCCGGCCAUCUACAAAAGCGCCUGUAAGAUUGAGGUCAAGCACUUUCCCUUCGACCAGCAGAACUGCACCCUGAAGUUCCGCUCCUGGACGUACGACCACACUGAGAUCGACCUGAUCUUGAAGUCAAAUGUGGCUAGCAUGGAUGAUUUUACUCCUAGUGGUGAGUGGGACAUCUUGGCGCUGCCAGGCAGACGGACUGUUAACCCUCUGGAUCCCACCUACGUGGACCUCACGUAUGACUUCAUCAUCAAGAGGAAGCCCCUUUUCUACACCAUCAACCUGAUCAUCCCCUGUGUUUUGAUCACCUCUCUGGCCAUCCUGGUCUUCUACUUACCUUCCGACUGCGGGGAGAAGAUGACCCUCUGCAUCUCCGUCCUCUUGGCUCUCACUGUGUUCCUGCUUUUGAUCUCAAAGAUUGUCCCUCCCACCUCGCUGGAUGUGCCACUAAUUGGCAAGUACCUGAUGUUCACCAUGGUGUUGGUGACCUUCUCCAUCAUCACCAGUGUGUGUGUGCUCAACGUGCAUCACCGCUCUCCCAGCACCCACACCAUGCCUUCAUGGGUCAAGCUGAUAUUUCUUGUCAAACUGCCUGCCCUACUCUUCAUGAGGCGCCCCAGCAAUAACUCUGCACGCCAGAGACUUCGCCAGCAGCGGUGUCUACGGGCCAGGAGAGCCAUUUUGGGCUUGGGUUACCCAGUUGCGUCCAAAGCAGGUAUCACCAUGUCGUCCUCUGCCCUGCUGUCUUCCGACUCGGCCUUCUCCACCCCAGGACACAAAAAUAUAGCUCCUCCGCUAAACCACAGCUACUCCAACAGGAAAGGGGACUUGCGCUCCAACGAUUACCUCCCCAGUGGUCUGAAUUCUACUCAGGACUUCCAGCAGAGAAUCACCUCAGAAUGGGCUGCUGACGUCCAGGAGGCUGUGAACGGGGUGCGCUUCGUGGCUGAGCACAUGAUGGGAGAUGAUGACGAUCAGAGUGUGAUCGAGGACUGGAAGUACGUGGCCAUGGUGGUGGAUCGUAUGUUCCUGUGGAUCUUUGUGAUAGUGUGUGUGGUGGGCACCCUGGGCUUAUUCCUCCAGCCUGUCUUCCAGACUCAGAUCAUUCCCAACCAGCAGCCCAGCUCAGAAACACCUCGCAUAUGAUGAUUA